UUAUUAGGAAUUCAAUUAUUUCUGCAUCAUUGCUGUUUUGUCAAUUACCAUAUUAAUUAUGAAAUAACUUUUUCCUUCGAAUUUAAACUAAGUACUGAAAGCGGGUUCUGAAUUGUGUCUGAUACUCAGACUGAAUACAUUAGUAUUAGUAUUUUGUCAUAGUUUCUCAUUUUGGAUGCUUUCUUGUAGCUUAUAUUAAGGUUUCUACAGAAACGUUUUUCGAAAAAAAAUAUUCUUAGUAAUCUUUUAAACAAUAAUUCAGCAUUUUUUUUUUUCAUAGUAAAGUAUUGUUUACGUCUAAAUAAACUGGCUAAACCAAAAUGAGUUUUAAUGAAAGGACAAAUUAUUUUUUCAAAAAUUUUUUAAGUAAUCAUCAAAUUUGAAAAUUCUAAUGUAAAUUACUAAAAACAACAAUCGAGUAUGGUUUAUUUCCGAUUUAUCACUCCAACAAUUAAUUUCUCUACGAAUUCGUCCCCCGAUUCAAUCAACUAAUUUAUAUAUCAUUGCAAGGAAGAAAUAUUAUGAUUUACUAAAAGGUACUUUUCUAUGGAGCUUCGUGCAGUUGAAUUUGAAGACUAAUAGGAUAAUCCAAUUAUCAUUUUUAAAAAUAUUACUAGUCUCUUAUCUUGGAUCCCAUGCACAGCAAAUUUAGGCGUAGUAUAAUGAAACGAGAUCAUUUUCAACAAUCGUUUAAAAACUCAAUGAAGACAAUUCAUAACAAUAUGGGUUUCUUGAAGAAAAAUCCUGAGUUAUACAAUAAAACUCGACAAUUCUCUCUAUGGGAUAGCCGUAAAGUGGUUAUCAAUGCUUCCAUUAAUGAUGACGUGAUGACAUUUCCGGAUAACACGGUUCGAUUUCAUCGAUACAGUUGGUAUACAUUUCUUCCAUGUAGUGUUUUCAACCGUUUUACUAGCUUUCCCAACUGUUGGUUUUUCCUUGUUGUUAUUGUUUAUUUUCUAUUAAGUGGCUUUUCCUUUGUGUCGACAUUAAGUUUUUUUUUCUUUGCAGUUCAUUUUUUUUUUGAGGUUUUAGAAGAUGGUUUUCAUGAACUUCAAAAAUAUUAUUAUAGUAAAUCAUGGAAUAAUCGUUUGGUUCAUCUUAUCAUGAACACUGAAACAUGUACAACGAAGCGAUUGCAAUCUUAUCGUCUUUGUGUUGGAAAUAUAAUUUUUUUACAUGAUGGAGAAGAGGUUCCAGCUGAUAUCAUUCUUUUGUCUACUUCGGACAUUGAAAGUAUAGCCUACGUAGAUACAUCAUUCGUUGAUGGUAAGACAGACUUGACUAUAAAAAGUGCUGUAAAGGAAACUCGAGGUGCUGUAACGUUGCACGCAGUCGGUGCGAUACGAGGAAGAAUAAUGUGUGAGGAACCGACAGUCAAUCUAGACGAGUUUGCUGGAAAUUUAAGAUUGGAGGCACAUCCACGCUCGACCCAGUUAACUAUGAAAAAUUUUAUUCUACGAGGCUCGAUUAUUAAAAAUACAGAAUCCGUUUACGGUGUUAUUGUGUAUACGGGUCAUGAUACACGAAUAAUACUUAAUAAUAGUUUGGGCAACAGGUCUUCAAAACAAUCGAAUCCUAUUUUAAAUAGUUAUGUUUCAUUCUUCAUUUUACUUAUUUUAUGCACUCUUUCGGUUUCUUUCAUAAUUUCUGCGGAAAUCCGUAAGUAUGGAUUAUUAUCUACUGUUAUACAUUCGGCAGUAGUGAAGUCCUCAUUUUGGAGAAAACUACUACAGUUUUUUCACAUUUAUACGAAACUUCUGCCUAUGACCGUGAUAUUAUCGAUUGAUUGUUUAAAACUUAUUCGUUUCGUUUCUUUAAAAAAAGGUGUAUCGUUGUUGAAAAAAAAAGAUGAUAACCGAGUUGCAACAUCAUCUACAUGUUUAAAUGGGAAUGUCUCUUUAAUGUUGAGUAUGGUUGAUUUUUUAUUCACAGAUAAAACAGAAACACUUACUGAGAGAGCCCUUUCCUUGCAAAUGUGUUUAAUUAAAGGCCGUGUAUAUGGUGGACUCAUUAAAGAGAAUGGAUCGCAGCAACAAUAUGGGUUAAGCCGGCAUGGUGAUAUGGAGGAGAAAGAGAGGAACAUUAGACAAGGUUUUGGUCAUUCUGACAAUUCAAUUUCAAAAAAAAAAUGGUUACAAUGUUCCAUGAGAAAACAAACAUAUACAGGAAAUAGAUCGCUUUCCUUAGAACUUCGGUCCGUUUCAUCUUUUUCAAGAGAUGAUAGUUUUUAUACGAAUGAUUCCUUGCCCAUGCAUGUUGGCGGUUCUCUCGAUACUGUAUCCGAUAAAAAAACAUAUGAAAAAAAAUUUUUAACUUCAUUAUAUUUAUCAGAACAUAAAGAAUCAGAUUCUAAAUAUUUGACUCAUGCGUCCUCUAGUCAAGACGAAAAACUAAGCGAUACCCAAGUCUCCUUACAAUCAAUCACUGUGCCGAAGAAAUGCGACUAUUUAGAGAGUAUGGUAGUGUCGCUCUCACAUAAAACAAACGAAGCUGAAUCGCAAAUAAACGUAGAAGAAAAACUUGAACGACAAGUAUCUUCUCUUAGUGUUUUGCCGUGUGUUGACUUAAAAACUUUGUUUCCCUGCUGGGUCCCAAGAAAACCAUUUACAGAGGAACAUCUAUUGAAAAAAACUACAUUGCAUGGAAACUCUAUAUGCUCCUCAACAAGCCUUUCUACAAGAGAGCAUGAAACGAAACUUUUAAAAGAUUUGCGCGAUUCGCAUCGUCGAUGUGUGAAAGAUUCACUGGGUAUAUCUUCCACAGAUCGAUGUAACAUUGGUCUUGAAUUUGCAUUGAUGACACAGAUACCUGGUCGUGUUGAAACUAAAAAUUGCACCUUCAAAUCUGAUCAAUUACUCUCUGAUCUGCAAAAGUCAACGGGAAGGAGUCGGAUAAUCGAUCAUUUCCUUAAGGUUAUGGCUUUGUGUAACACGGCCAUUCCUUACACCAAGUUUACAAAAAACAUCAAUUCUGAUCACAACGCGAAAAAGAGUCUCUCAGAGUCUCUUAAAUCUUCCCACAAAUCGAGUGACUUGGCAACUGACUUAAAUCAAUCCCUACGGUCUAUGUCAAAUACAAAGAAGUUUGCAACCGCAAAGGAAUAUUUGACAAAACUAUCCUUCCCGUACCACAACUCAUUGGCUGCUUUCAAAAAAUAUGCUAAAAAAAAAACUAUACUCAAGGGGACGACAAAAGCAAAGAAAAAAAUCAAUAUGUUUAAACCACAUGUUUGUGCAAACAAUUUAACAAAAGCUAUUUCAGCAAGUCAACAACAAGUUCCAGUCGCAAGACCUCACCACUGGAGCUUCCCUUUUUCUUCAAAUCAACAUGCAUACAUCUCCAAAAAUUCUCUCGGAGCACAAUACCGCCGUAGGGUUACGAAAAGUACAACUUCUUUUUUCGAAAAAAACAAGACUUUCAUCUCACAAAAAUAUAGAUCUCAUGGGCAAGAAAAAACUGGUGCUACUUUUUCAAACUAUAGAAGUUUACAGGAAAAAAAGAAGCUGUCACCUUUGGCUCAUUGUCGUCAAACAGCAGAUAGUGGUUUACACCCAUGGAUCGCGUCUGCUAUUGAUUCCUCAAACGUUCUAACGGGUUUAGCUUACAAAGCAUCCUCUUGUGAUGAUGAAUGCCUCGUGUAUGCAGCUUCCUCUUUAGGUUAUACUUUUAUGUUGCGAACAAAAUCGUCUCUUUAUUUACAAAUUGACAAGGUGAUGCACCGGUAUGAGCUUUUAGAUAUGAAUUAUUGGGAUCCAGAAAGACGGCGUAUUUCUGUUUUAUUGAAAAAGAAGGACUCUCACUUAGCGGUUCUGUAUUGCAAGGGAGCCCCAGAAUCUAUGAUUCCGUUACUACGCUUGAGUAAUAUAGAAAGAAAAAAAUUGAUGGAAGAAUUACAAGAAUUCUCUUUCAAAGGAUUGCGAUGCUUGGUUUUUGCAUAUCGUCGUGUAUCACUUGAUGAAGCCGCUUUGUUUUGUCGGUAUCCAAGAAGUAGCUCGAAAUGGGCAAAUGUUUCGAGAAAGGAAAAGAUGUUUUGCGCACACAGAUUUGAGCGGAAUUUGCAAUAUUUAGGAAUGACUGGGGCAAGAGAAAAGUUAAAAGCAGACGUCCCACAGACUAUAGAAAUGUUUAAUGAAGCAGGUCUUAGGAUUUGGAUGGUAACUGGUGAUAAUUUGUAUAAUUCUAUUCAUGUGGGAUAUAGUUCUAAAAUAAUACCGGAUAAUUCGCUAAUUUUCAAUGGUGAUGUUGUAAUGAAACCAUCACUGAAAGGAAUUUAUCAUGUUACGUUAAAAAAAAUUAGUAAAAUUUUUGAAGAGUUUCGAUACAUGAGGCUAUCGACAAAACGUCAUCAAGCAAUUGCAUUUGUCAUCAGUGGUUCUUCCAUUUCAUUGUAUCUGCAAUACACUGAAUUCCUUUCUUUCUUUCUCUUAAUGACGUGUAGUUCGGAUGCCGUUAUUUGUGCUCGCGUUACACCACAACAAAAAGCACAACUCGUCAAUCUUAUUAAAACAAAACUAAAACCAUCACCGGUCGUUUUAUCUUUAGGCGAUAGCUCAGGCGACGUCUCUAUGCUUCAAGCAGCGGAUUGCGGAGUAGCAAUCAGUGCACGUGAAUCGUUCCCGAAUGUUGCUGGUUGCGACUUUGUUGUUAGAAGUUUUCGCGAUUUAAAAAUCUUAAUGUUUGUUGAUGGUCGCCAUAAUCUAGUUUAUACAGUAAACUUGAUGCUGUGUUUUCUAAUAAUGAAUGCCCACUUUCAUUUACCGAUUUUUUUUUUUAAAUUUUUUUCUGGUUUUACUAAUACAAAAAUUUAUAAUAAGCAUCUAUACUUGUUUUACAAUUUUUUCUUAUCUUUUGUCAUAACCUGUACCGCUAGUUUCCUUUAUAAUGAUAUACCGGAUUCUCUUUGUGAAAAUGUCCCCCUUUUAUACGCUUGGGCGCGACGGCACUUUUAUUUCAAUACAUGGGUUUUCGUUUUUUGGUUAUGUGAGGCUUCUGUUAUAUGUUGCGUUACAUUCACGAUUAUAUUAAACGGCAUGCUGCACACUCCAUUCACCUAUAUGAAUGGCAGUGGCAUUGACUUGAACAUAUUCGGAUUCGCUAUUUUAUACACAAUGGCUCUUCUUACAAAUUUUCAUUGUUUCUUCUCAUUUCAGCAAAUCAGUUCUUCUUCUAUUGUUUUCUUUAUAAUAACUGCUACAAUUAUUACAGUGUUCCCUUUCUUACUAAAUAUUUUUGGUUUUUCGGAUGAUAUUCUACACGAUUUCGUUCUACCUUGUUUUUCGUCAAACGCAUUCUGGCUGUCUGUCUUACUUGUUGUGCUGUGUACUUCUGCGUUAUCUUGCAUAUUUCAUUACCUUUACAAUUCGUUUUUUAAGAAUAUUGUAGAAGAUGUCUUUAAAGCUAAAAAAGAAUACGAAAAAUGCACGAGUAGAACCUUUAACGGAGAACAUGGUAAAACCACAACAUACGCUUAUUUGCGUGAACGAUUCAAUCCUCUUGUGCAUAAAAAAUUAUUGGAUAGCUUACCAGCAGCUUCUCAUUUUAAAUUAAAGGAUAUAAUGUGCACACACAUUCUAUCAAUAGAAGACUCUUGUAAAGCAAAUUUCAGAAAAAAGAAACAGUCUGCUUCAGAAAACAAAAUGCACUUUUCGUCUUCUGAAGCCUCUUCUACUAAGUAUGACAAAUCAGCUUUUUCGAGUGACGAUAGUGCGAGCAAAGAAGUGGAAAGCGAGGAUAAAUACGUUACGUCGCACACAUCGGACUCUUUUAUGUUGUUGGAACAGGGUACAAAGGAUGAGAAUACUCGUUUGUAUCAGGACACCCAAUAUGUUAAAAUUUCAAGUCUAGUUGAACGAUUUUCAUUAACUUUUAAAAAUCCACAAUUAGAAACAGAAUUCCGAGCGAUACGUCAUAAGGAAUACACUUCAAAUGCAGUGUGGUAUCGCUGCGUUUUACUUUUUCUUGUUGUUGUCUUCUUUUUGCAGAUAACAACCGAAAUAUACACUUUGGCCCUACUCAGACAUGAUCACACAUUUUAUGGUGUAAUUUUUGUUGAAGUAUCCUUAUUUUUAUAUCUUCUUUUAUCGUUUUGGAAAUGGUUUUAUGCAAUCAUUGAAUAUCUUCUUAUUUUUUUUUUCAUUUUGCUAACCAUUGGCUUUCAUUUAUCUGGAUCAGAUUCAAGUGUUUCUUUAACUUUUCCUUGUAUUUUUGGUAUUUUAGCCUUCGUCCUUUUUCAACUUCCGUUUUUAACAGCCUUUCUUCUAAAUUUUUUUUUUUUACUAGUUUUUCUUGUAGAUUCAUAUGUUUAUAAUUCUAACCGUCAAAUAUUAUUUUUACUCCUACCCUACAUAAUCGGCGUUACAGUAUUCACUGCAUUUACAGGCCAUACGCUUGAAUACAAUCAAAGAAAACAAUUUUUGCUCAAUUAUCAAGUAGAAGCAUGCAGAAGAAAACAAAGAGAAAUAUUGAAUACAAUGCUACCUUCAUUUGUAGUAAAGAAAAUGCUACGUUCCCCUUUAAGCAAAGAAGGAUUACCUCUUGAGUUGCAGGCGCAAAGUUGGACAACAAUUACCAUUAUAUUUUGUGAUGUGUACGAUUUUCAAACAAUUGUACGACUUUUAGAACCAACACGUCUCGUUGAAUUAUUAGAUUCUCUUUUCUUAUGUUUUGAUAAAUGUGGGGAACAAUUUCAUUGUACAAAGAUUGAAACUGUUUUCGAAACAUACUUGUCAGCAUCUGGUUUAACAUCUACGGUACCCACAACUAGUUCGUAUGAUUCUGUAAAAAUUUUUCAGCAAGAUGCUUUCAAUGCCUUAUGUAUGUCUCUUGCUAUGCUUGAAGUGGCAAGCUACAUAACAUAUCAAGUUGAUUUAUGCAACGCCCAUUGUGCUGGUUUGCUCCACGCUACUACGCGUGAUAUGGAUUCAAAGAACAUCUUGCGCCAGAGUACUGUUUUAACAAGUUCUUCUAUCAUCAAAAAUCAACGUUAUAAAAGUGGCCUUAAUAAAAAUGUAUAUACCCGUUUAGCAGAGCAGGAAAAUAACUGGAAAACAAACUUGGUUGAUCGAUAUGAAACCCGACGAAUUCGUGUGAAACUAGGAAUGCAUUCUGGUCGUGUCAUCAGUGGUGUAGUGGGUGCCAAAAAACCUCAGUAUGCUUUAUUUGGAGAUACGAUUAAUACUGCAAGUCGUAUGAAGCUAACUGGGCAACCCGAUUUGAUACAUAUUUCUAGUGCGACUUAUGAUCUCAUAAAAGAGUUGUCUACUUUCGAAUGGACGCCUCAACGUAUUGAUAUCAAAGGAAAAGGUAUUAUGACUACCUACUUACUAGCAAAAGUACACCAAGCAAGUUAUCCGGAUUUUUCUUCUAAACAUGAUUUAUCCUUACAAACUGAAUGGAAUUACAUAUCCCGACCAGAUUUUUUUUUGUCUCAAUCGCCCGACAAUCAAGCAAAAAAUGAUUCUUCAUCGUUACUUAAAGAAUCCCGAUCACUGGAAGAAGCAUCUCAGGAAAAAAAUAAUUUACACGGAACUUCAGAAAAAGAGAACCAUACAAAUAACGUAAAGCAUAUCUCAGAUAAAAAACUAUUCCAGCCGGAUCAGUUAUUUCAAAGAGCAUUAGAUACCAAAGGUUCAAAUAGUGAUUUCACAUUAUGUAGUUAUAGCAGCACUCAAAACAUAACAGGAAUAAUACCAGUGGAUACAUUUUCUGUCUCAAACAAAGCAGAACAAAAUCAAAAAAAACUUAGUGUACACUCUUUAAAAAACGCUUUUCUUUGCAGCUUAAAAUCAGUCGGUUUAUCGCGUGAAAAUAAAAAACGAAAUCAAACGUAUCGUACAUGUUAUAAAAACGGUGCGGUAAAUUUGGAAAGAAAACAUAACGUUCUGCCUUCGAGUUCCCUAAUUCAAACUCGUAUGAAAAAUUCAUCAAACAAAAAUUUAAAUGAAGCAUGGAGCCCGUUGCAAAACUUUCAUCAUGGACACUCAAAUAAUACGUUGCGAAGACGAUUUUUACACUACAUACCUUCUUUAUUACGUGGCUCCACACGUGUCUUAUUUAAAGAUAUUUUAAAAAAAAAAAAAAAAAUAUUACAAGUGUCUUUGAGUAAUGCAAGAAUGAGCGAUGACGAAGAGGAGGAAAAUAACCAUAUUUCAUUUUUCAUUCUUGCUAAGAGGUUAAAACUUUACUUUUUUACGCUAUCAUUUCAUACUCACGAACAAGAGAAAAAGUAUCAAAAUUAUUUUUAUACAAAAAAAUCAAAUUUUAAAACUAUUGAACAAUCCUUAAUUAUAUUUUUGAUAAUAUUUGUAACAUGUACAAUGCUGCAAUUAUUAUUUAAUGGUAGUCAACGUAGCGAAACCACCAAACAGCGUUUUCAACUCAGUAAUAUUGAUCAAUUCUGGACUGUUAAAGCCGUUUAUACAGUGGUUUGGUUUAUUAUGUGGAUACUCCUUCAUUAUCGUUCACAACAAGAGUCAAAUCAUCACGAAAGUUUAAGAUGGAUAACGCUUGUUUUGAAUGGUAUUUUUAUGUCUGCUGUUUUCGUCUUUAUGAUAUCUGGAGCUUGGGCUUUUGUGUUUGAAAACGAUUAUUUGGAGUGGCUCGACACUGACAGUUUACAACUUGUUUUUUUUGUAACCUUCAUGCAUCAUAAUACUGGAGUUUUAUUUCGACAUGUUAUUUUGUUGGAUGCGCUGCUUCUGUUGAUGGUUAUCAUAUAUGUUCUUAUAGUCUGCGUACCAACUACACAAACAAUGUUUAUCAUAUUUUUAAUAUGUCCUAUUUUGUUUUUUAAUGCUUUAUCAGCUCAUCUAAAGGAAAGGAUUGAUAGAACCACAUGGUUUGUCAGUGAGGAGCGACAGACUACUGAAGAUCGCGCUCGGGAACUAUUACGAGAUAUGUUGCCAAAGCAAGUCCUAGAGGAAUUUCAACAAGAUAAACUUAAAUUAGCUUAUCGUCACGAUCAAAUCACUUUUUUAUUUGCUGAUAUUUGCGGAUUCACCGCCUACGCCAAUAGCGUUGAUGCUAUCGAUGUUUUACAAAUGCUACAACAUCUUUUUGCUUCAUUUGAUAGAGAUUCAACACGUUUUGGAUUAUUUAAACUUUGUACAAUAGGGGACGCUUACAUUGCAGUAAGCGAACCUAGGAUGGAAGAAAAUUCUGAUUCCAAUCCUAUCGAAGGCGCAGAACGUAUUCUUGAAAUGGCCAGUAGUAUGAUUAUUAAAAUUGGCGAAGUCCGUCGAUCAUUGAAAAUUCCUUCACUAAAUAUGCGGAUAGGCCUUCACUACGGAAGUUGCGUCGGAGGUGUCAUAGGAUCAGGCAGACUGCGUUACGAUUUAUGGGGACUUGAUGUUUUAACGGGAAAUUUAAUGGAAUCCAAUGGGGUCCCUGGUCGAAUCAAUGUCUCCAACCAUCUAAAAAUUUUUCUUGAAGAACAAUUUCCAGGUCGGUUUCGUUUUUCUUGGAACAAAAGUGUAGUCGUUAUUGAUCGAGUUGUUAACUCAUUUCUGUUAUCAAAUCCUUUUGAUGAGGAAGAUUCCUCUUCUAAUCCGCACUAUUGAUAAAAAAAUACUAUUGUAAGAAAACAGAAAGAUAUAACAAAGUAUAAUUCAAACAUAUCAGCUUAAUUUUCUUUAUUGAAAACUUUUUUUGUCUGUAUUUGUUUCUGGAAAUAGAAUUGCAAAUACAACGUCUACCGCCUUUGUUUUUUUCUAAGUGAAUCGAUAUUUAAAUCUCCUUUGUUAGUUUAUGUAAAAAAUUUCACGUAAAAUUUAAAAUAAUUUUAAUGCCUUACAAAUCAUUUAAAAAAAGGAAAGUUUUAUUCUUGAUGAAUCGAAUC